CGACUGUUUAUACGCCCUAACUGACGCGAUAAUCUUCAAAUUUAACGCAAAUACGUAAUACUAAUCUCAUAAAAUUAAGGGAUCAAAAUAAAAGUAAAAUUAUUUUAAUACAAUGGAUUAAAUAAACUAUUGUGGUGGAUUUGGGGUCUUAGUCAGCUAAGUAACGGUUUAUUAAUAUACGUAUAAUAUACAUAUACAAUUUUCUUAAUUUAUUGGUCAAAAUACGUACGCCACUGGUACAAUAACCGAUCUUAUUACAUACCGUCACAAAGAAAAUUGAAUCGAUAUGAAUACGUUGGGUUUGUUUAUUUAUUUACAACAUCGAAUCGUACAAUCCUUUGAGUGACCAUGUCAGCGUGGACGUUUAAAGGGGAUGAAGCCUACGACCUCCUUCGGAAUAAACGCAUCCUCUUCUUCGGUGAUUCGAACAUGCGCGCCCUUUACAAGGACUUAUUAUGGCUUAUGUACGACGGCACCCUUAUACCUGAUGGGAAACUCAAAGACAAGAACGAACCAACGUUUGCCGGAGACGUGAGACUAUCCAACGGGAAAGUGCACCCAGGAACAAACUACGUGGAGGUCCGGGAAUACAAUCUCAACCCCUAUAUCAAGUUCCAGUUCAUAACUCGCCUGUUUCUCGACGGAUUUCGUUUGGAAAUAGAGAACUGGAAACAACCCCCUGACGUGAUAGUCUUGGGGAGUUGCAUGUGGGAUUUGUCACGAUGGGGACCCUCAGGAGUGGACGAUUAUAAGGACAACGUCGUAAAGACCUUCUACUUCUUGAAAGGACAAUUCCCGAGACAUACCCAAAUUAUUUGGACCACAAGCUUUCCACCAACAUCAAAGUGUCAGGGAGGAUUUUUGAAUAAAAACAUCGAGUUUUUACGGGAGGCCCUUCCCUUCCAGGUUUUUGAAGGUAACGUCUACUCUUCCCUGAUCGCCAAGGAAUACAAAAUAGAAGUGGUGGAUUUUCAUUAUAUCUUCAAGUAUAUGCUGGAAGGACAUACUCCUGAUGGUAUUCAUUGGAAACCUGCAUACGUUCGGUACGCGACAAAUCUUUUACUCACUCAUUUGGCCAUUUCUUGGAAUAGUAACAUCAUUUACCGAUUCAAUCAAAAAUAUCAUCAGAAAAGAUCAAAGCCAUAUCGCAAUAACGACAACUUUUUGCGCUUUUAAAAAAUACUUAAGCGUUUUACAUUAAAUAUAUUUUUUUAU